CAAAAAAUACUGGUAUUUGGCGCCCUCUACAGGUAAACAGGUGCAUGUAACUCUUGUUUUGACCCGGAAAUACAUUCAUCUCUCUGCGCCACACGUGUGGAAGCUUAGGUAGUCGGUUGCGUGUAUCCCAUAAAACCUGAGCUGGUGGCAGUGACACAAAAUGGCCGGUUUGGUUUGAAAACUUAAAGUUGACAUCUGGAUUCUCUGCACUGCGCCGUAAAACACUGCCAUUAAGAAGGCUGACAGGUCGUGUUUCACCCAGUUCUGUAGGAUCUAACAUGGGGAAGUCCAAACAAAAGGGAAACCACAAGAGUGACAAAAAGAAGAACAUCGCCAAGACAUGGAAGACAAAGCGCAGGACCAAAGACUUGGACCAGAUCCACUCUGACAUGAAGCCAGAGACAGCAGCCAAACUGCUGCACCAGGAGGUGGACUACGAUGUGACUGGAUGCGCACAACACUACUGUUUACACUGCGCGAGAUAUUUUGUGGAUAUGAGAUCCUUGAAAGAGCACUUCAAAAGUAAAGUGCACAAAAAACGGUUGAAACAGCUCAGAGAGGAGCCCUACACCCAGGCAGAGGCAGAGAGGGCAGCAGGUAUGGGCUCCUACAUCCCUCCAAAAACUGUUGAAGUGAAGACACAGCCUGUGGAAGAGGACAUGGCCUGAGAGCCACCCACGAUAACCCAUGGACUGACGAAUUCAAUAACAGAAGCAUUGACGAAAUGGAUAGUGCUCCUGUCAUUUCCUUCUGUCACAAAUGUCAAGUGGAGCCAGCUGUGAUAUAACUGGCUGUUUAACUUCUGGGUAUCACCAGAGUCAGGGAAAGCCUGACCUUACACUGGGUGAUGUAAUGCAACAUGUACCUAUGUAAAUACUGAGUAUGUGUAGAACUGUGUAGGAUGAUAAUAAACUAUACAGCAAAGUGGAUUCAUUCAGAUUGCGU